UCUCUUCACUCUUCUCUUUCUCAGUUCUAUCUACACAAACCUUUUUUUGUUUCACUUUCUCAAUGUUUCAUUUACUUUCUAUAUCAUGCUAGAUUAAAAAUGUCAUUUUUCUUAAUGCAAAUCUGAGAACCUUCGUUAAUUGGCAUCUGGCUAUGGAUGCUCUCCCUGAUGCCAUUCUCCAAUGUAUCUUAUCCCGAAUCACCAGUGCUCGUGACGUUUCAUCAUGCAAUUGUGUUUCCAAGCGAUGGAAGGACUCCACCCCGUAUGUAAGAACCCUCUAUUUUCCUCGCAAUUCAUUUGACUCCCCAUUGUCUUCUGAGGGUGCUGCUGACAUCGUCAUCAAAAAAAUGGUGUCAAGAGUGGUGAAGUUAGAGGAGCUAAUUGUGUAUAGCCCCUUUUCCGCUAAUGGCCUUGCAUCAUGGCUCUCAUUGGUGGGGCAUUCUCUUCUUCAGCUUGAGCUCCGAAUGGACAACCUUAAUGACAAUCGUGAGACCCCUUCCAAAUUGGACUAUGUUGCCUUUGCUAAGAAUUUGGAGUCUCUGAAACUGUGGGGAGUGUUGAUGGUGCGUACCCCCAACUGGGAUGUGUUUCCAAACCUCAAGAACCUUGAGAUUAUUGGUGCGAAAUUUGAGGAUCAUGUGCUGAUUGCGGUGCUUCACACAUGUCCGGUUCUCACUAGAUUGUUGCUGCUUGGAUGUGAAGGAGUUAGAUCCUUAUCUAUCGAAUUGCCAUAUUUGGAGCAGUGUAAGCUGGAUUUUUACGGGAUGGGGAACUCUUCUCUCAUUCUGAUUUCACCCAAAAUUGAGUCCCUUGAGGUACAAGGCUGUAGCUGGAUUAGGGUUCCUGAAACCAAGCAUUUGAGGGAACUUUCCAUAUCCAACACCUCAGGGAGAGUAUACAUGGUUGAUUUUGGGAACCUUUCAGCUCUGGAAUUCCUGUCUAUGAGGGGAAUUCAGUGGUGCUGGGAUGCCAUAUGCAAAAUGUUGAGAAUGGCAAGUGAGGUGAAACACCUCUUUAUGAAGGUUGAAUUCAGUGGGGACUAUGAUGCACUUCAACCCUUUCCAGAGAUUGAUUUUGUUGACUUCUUCAACAGUCAUCAAAAGCUGCAAAAGUUUGAUAUCCAUGGAGCCAUGUUUGCAGCACUAUGCCAGAAGAACAGUCUGAAACAUGUGGAUUCAGGGUUUGUGAUUCCAUUUCUUGAGGAGGUUGUGAUCACAGUGAGGUCACCUCUCAAUGCUGAACAGAAACUGACUACACUUGAAUCAUUGCUCAAGUACGGGAAAAGUCUUAGGAGCAUGGUUAUAAAGAUUCUGGAGAUGAAAAGCUGCCAUAGAAGUGUCGAAGACUUUUUUGACGAGAUUUGCAGGUUCAGAUACAUGAACCGUAACGUAGUUAGAAUAGAAUAAAUAAAGCUCACCAAGAAGCUAUUAUUAUUUCUUCAUGCCUUCAUAAUUUAAGACGAUUUUCUUCUGAAUUUGGUUAACUUUUUUUCUGGUUUACAAUUUUGGUGUAUUUCAUUUGAAAAUUGAGUCUUGGUUUAGUAAAUUUGGAGAAUAAAUUUAGCAUCCCUUCCAUGAUUCUA